CAACGACGCGCUUUGUAUCUUAUAGUUCGUUGCGCAGAGUCGCAGAUAGAUUUUCGGAUCGCCGCUCGCAGCUCACAUGUGUGGAUUGUGGAUUAACUCUAAUUUGUUUUUGAUUGCUGCCCAGGGAACGGCCAUGGGAAGGGGAACGAAACGAAACGAAACCUGAUCACACACGUCGAAGUUGUCAACGCUCAGCGAUAAACCGAGUGGAUUUUAAUUUGACACCAACCAGAGCAACGGCACACGAUCAAAACAGCAACGUUAUCGAAAGGGAAGGCGAGCAAGGAGCAAGGAGCAAACAGCAAGCAGUGAGGAGUGAGGAGGAGCGAGGACCGAGGAGGGAGAACUGCAAAAAGGCUCAUUGGGUAACGCGCUCGUGCCACAUGAAGCAUUAGGCAAAUACAUUUGCCUCUGGCUCCGACAGCGACUCCUGCGACUGCGACCAAAUGUCGAGGGGUUGUUGAGUUCAUAAGGAAAUUGCGGCGCAUGUGAGGGUCGAGACAAAGCAAGCGACAAGCGAUCCUGCCGAGGACGAGCUAUGCUUAUCGGCCACACCAAUGCCAGCUGAACGCUGAGGGUUAGAGCUACCGACACACGCGCCCAGCCAGUGGUUGUCCUGGUCGGUCUUAUCUUAAAGCUUACCAGACCAGGCUGGGAGGGUGCCGACGAAAACGAGCAGAUGUUCAGAGCUGGAAAAAGAGACGAGUCAACAAUUACGCCUUGAGUUCAGAGUAGGGGAGGGGCAGCUGGCUUCCAUUUGCCAUUUGGUGAUUCAAAGGACGCGUGCGCGGCCUGCGUGGAGCUUCGUCAACGACGUGAACUGCAAUCCCGCGGCAGGCAUACGCCACUUGGCUAAAUUGAAAGGGCUGGGUGAUAGGGGCUUCUAGGAGUUCUAGGAGUUGUUUAGCUGUCAGUUUCGUGUUUGAAGCUCUACAAAAUUUGUAAGUUUAGAAUGUCGGCGGAUAAACAUUUAGAAAUUGUAGAAUUCAGCUUGGCAGAUGAGAGUGCGGCAAAAGUAAAAGCAGCAGCGGCAGCAGCAGAUGAGAAGGCGCCCAAGUCAUUCAAAACAUCCGAGAAGGAGAACUGUAUUAGAAAAUCCCCGACAGCUGGCGCGGCCACAGCGAGCCAAGGUGCAACUGCAGCAGCGACAGCAUCCAGUGCAUCCAGUGCAACAGCAACUGCAGCAUUAGCUAGUGCUGCUGGUGCAACGCCAUCGAAGGCGGGGCCGGCUACGCCCAGCGGCGCAACGGUUCGCCAGAGCAGCCAGGCAGCCGGCCAGGAUGCGACCGAUGGCAUGGGCAAUGGCACGGAGCUCAAGUUUCAGUCGUAUGUAAAUGGCAACGGCAACGGCGUUUACAAGAUCCUCAAGACGCUGGGCAAGGGCAACUUUGCCAAGGUGAAGCUCGCCCUGCAUGUGCCCACCGGGCGCGAGGUGGCCAUCAAGGUGAUAGACAAGACGCAGCUGAACGCCAGCGCCCGGCAGAAGCUAUACCGCGAGGUGCGCAUCAUGAAGCUGCUCAACCACCCGAACAUCGUCCGCCUCUUCCAGGUGAUCGAGUCGGAGCGCACGCUCUACCUCAUCAUGGAAUAUGCCAGCCGCGGCGAGCUAUUCGAUCACCUGGUCAAGAACGGACGCAUGCGGGAGCGCGACGCCCGGGUCAUCUUCCGCCAGUUGGUCUCGGCCAUCCAGUACUGUCACAGCAAGUUCGUCGUCCAUCGCGAUCUGAAGGCCGAGAAUCUGUUGCUCGAUCAGCACAUGAACAUCAAGAUUGCCGACUUUGGAUUUGGGAACACCUUCGAUCCGAAUGCCCAGCUAGAAACGUUUUGUGGCAGUCCGCCGUAUGCCGCUCCGGAGCUGUUCAUGGGCCGCAAGUAUGCGGGCCCCGAGGUGGAUGCCUGGUCGCUGGGCGUGGUGCUCUACACGCUGGUCAGCGGCUCCCUGCCCUUCGACGGCGGCACACUCAAGGAGCUGCGAGAGCGCGUCCUGCGCGGCAAGUACCGCGUGCCCUACUACAUAUCCAUGGACUGCGAGAAUCUGAUGCGCAAGUUUCUGGUGCUCAAUCCGGCCAAGCGCACCACGCUGAACAAUGUGAUGAGCGACAAGUGGAUCAAUCUGGGCUACGAGGAGGCCGAACGACUGCGACCGUAUCGCGAGAAGCCGAUGGAGCUACAGGACGCCGUCCGGCUGGAUAUGCUGGUCAACAUGGGCUACAAGCGACGCGACGUCGAGGCGUCGCUGAGAGGCCAAGCCUUCGAUGACAUCUACUGCACCUACAUGCUGUUGGGCGUGAACAAGCCGCGCAACACCCGCCAAACAUCGUCGGAGACCGCCACGUCGGAAAGCUCCUCUUCCAGCGCACUGCCUGUCGCUAGUUGUGUGCAGGUGAUGAUGCCCCUCGAGAAGAGCCUCUCGUCCACGAACCGUCCCCUGCCGCCACGCGUGGCCAAUGCUCUGGCAACGACAACCACAACGGCGACGGCGACGGGCGCGGCAAUGGCAACGGCAACAGCCAGCCCUGCACACACCACACACAAUCCGAGCAGCACUGCUGCAGCAGCUCCACCCGCCAAGCCCACACGCCGCACACCCGCCCGCAAGCCAGCCUCCUCUAGCUCAGCGAGCACCAGCACCAGCACCUCCACCUCCACCUCCACCAGCGCCAGCUCCAGCAGCACCACCACGCCCAGUCGCGCCCGCUCGCCGCUGACGCCACAUAGCAAGCGUACAGCCGGAGCCAAUGUCUCGGGCGGCGUCGACGUCAAGCCGACGCUGCUCAGCGCCCAGCGGCAGCUGGCCCAGACGCAGAAGAUAGCGAAGAGUCCACAGCGCUUCCACUACCAGGGCUCGGGUCGCCGUCCCAGCACGCUCUACGAGAAGGCCGAUCCGAUCACGCAGACGAACGGGAGUCAGCUGCCCAAGUCGUCCAUGGACGGGCGUCUGCUAGAGCGGCUGCAAGUCCAUGGCCAGCCGGCUGGCGCCUGUGGCGCUGCCUCUGGCCGAACCACGCCCACGCCCAUGGCCCCACCGACGCCGUCGGAGAAGUCCUCCGACAAGCCCUUCACGCGCAGCAACGUGGCCCGGGCGACAUUUCACUUUGGCCAGGGUCGCAGUGGCAAGCAUGGGCGCACCUCGGGAAACUGCGAGGAAGACGCCUAUCAGGCGCCGCCACUAUCGGCGGACGACACCAAGCCCGCCUCCCGGGUGGGCUUCUUCUCCAAGCUGACGGCGCGCUUCGGCCGUCGGGUCAUUCACCUGAACGAGAAGGACAUCGCUGAGCAGCGCAAGAACUUGACCAAGUAGCAUUAACGCAUAUAUAUGCAUAUCACUAUGUAUGUGUAUUAGUGCCAAUAUAUUUUUGUAUAUGUGACUAUGCAUGCAUCUAUA